GAUAUCAGAGAUGUGUGUAGAUUGUCUGUGGCACUGAAGACACGCAAUGACGCAAACGUAAAUAAAAACAUUCUACGUUUGUCGGCAAGGUUCGUCUAUUUUACUACACAAGUGCAAGCCUUAGCGAUAUCAAUGCUUCGACGCUCUGCAAGGAUUUUGGCAAGAACUGUUAAACCAAAUGCGAGUACAAUUGCAAUAAUGCAAUUUUCCACAGACGCUCUUGAAGUUAGUCACGACAAGAGCGUCAAGGAAUUCUUUAUUACUUUGGGCAAAGAAAGAGCAGUCCUGCAAUACGAUGAGGACGCUUGUGGUGUUGUCGACUUACUACAUACUGAAGUCCCAUCAAUCUUCCAAGGAAAGGGUGUUGGGAGGAUACUAGCUAAGGCUGCCUUUGAUUAUGUACACAACAACGAACUCAAAAUGAAGCUGACAUGUGAAUAUUUACAGAAGGCCAUUGACAGCUUUCCAGAAUACAAGAAAAUAGUUGUGAAUUAGCUUGGUACUUGGAAUGUGGAAUUAUACAUGUAUAUUAGUAGGUGCUGUUUUGAGUUACAGUUGUUGAUGACUUUGGGGUACUAUUUAUUUUAAAAAAAAUAUUUUUAUAUUGUAAAGUUUUAGCUAAAAAUUAUACUUUGUAUACAUUUAGAAAAUGGAAUAAAUUUUGUGCAUCGCUAUCAA